ACUUAUGGCUACUUACUUCCAUCUGACAGCCAAAUGUCUGCCUUGCAGUCGGGAAAAGCUGUGCAGUCCGCAGUUGCCACUAUGCAACAGUUUUAUGGGAUCCCAGUAACAGGAGUUUUGGACGAGACAACUAUUGAGUGGAUGAAGAAGCCUCGAUGUGGAGUUCCAGAUCAUCCCCACCUACGCCAUAGCCGGAGGAAAAAGCGGUAUGCACUAACUGGACAAAAGUGGAGGCAGAAGCAUAUAACCUACAGUGUACACAACUAUACCCCCAAGGUUGGAGAGAUUGAUACAAGGAAAGCCAUUCGUCAGGCAUUUGAUGUUUGGCAGAGAGUGACACCACUUACCUUUGAAGAAGUCCCUUACCAUGAAAUUAAAAAUGACAGAAAGGAGGCAGAUAUUAUGAUAUUUUUUGCUUCUGGUUUCCAUGGAGACAGUUCUCCGUUUGAUGGAGAAGGUGGAUUCCUAGCUCACGCUUACUUUCCUGGACCAGGAAUAGGAGGAGAUACUCACUUCGAUUCAGAUGAGCCAUGGACCCUGGGAAAUUCGAAUCAUGAUGGGAAUGAUCUCUUUCUGGUCGCAGUCCAUGAGCUGGGACAUGCGCUGGGUCUGGAACACUCCAAUGAUCCCAGUGCUAUCAUGGCUCCUUUCUACCAGUACAUGGAAACACACAACUUCAAACUGCCCCAGGAUGACCUCCAAGGAAUUCAGAAAAUCUAUGGUCCUCCUGUUGAGCCCCUGGAGCCAACCAGGCCUUUACCGACUCUUCCUGUUCGCAGAAUUCACUCCACUUCAGAAAGAAAACAUGAGAGACAGCCAAGACCUCCUAGUCCUCCUCUGGGUGAUAGGCCAUCUCCUCCUGGCACGAAACCGAACAUCUGUGAUGGCAACUUUAACACCGUGGCUCUCUUUAGAGGCGAAAUGUUUGUUUUCAAGGAUCGCUGGUUCUGGCGUCUGCGCAACAACCGAGUGCAGGAGGGAUAUCCCAUGCAAAUUGAGCAGUUCUGGAAAGGCCUCCCCGCAAAGAUUGAUGCAGCCUAUGAGCGGUCUGAUGGAAAAUUCGUUUUCUUCAAAGGAGAUAAAUACUGGGUUUUUAAAGAAGUGACAGCAGAGCCAGGCUACCCACACAGUCUGGUGGAGCUGGGGAGCUGUCUGCCGCGGGAAGGCAUUGACACGGCUCUGCGUUGGGAGCCAGUAGGCAAAACCUACUUCUUCAAAGGCGACAGGUACUGGAGGUACAAUGAGGACAAGAGAGCAACGGACCCAGGAUACCCAAAGCCCAUCACUGUGUGGAGAGGAAUCCCUCAGGCUCCGCAGGGAGCUUUUAUCAGCAAAGAAGGCUUUUAUACCUACUUUUACAAAGGGAAGGAGUAUUGGAAGUUCGAUAACCAGAGGCUGAGUGUGGAGCCAGGCUACCCCAGGUCAAUCCUCAAAGACUGGAUGGGCUGUAACCAGAAGGAUGUUGAACGAAGCAAAGACAGACGCCUCCCCCAUGACGAUGUGGAUAUUAUGGUGACAAUAAACGAUGUGCCUAGCACUGUAAAUGCAAUCGCCGUUGUGAUCCCUUGCAUUUUGUCUCUGUGUAUCCUUGUCUUGGUAUACACGAUCUUCCAGUUUAAAAACAAAGAGGUGCAGCAAAAUGUUGUGUACUACAAAAGACCUGUCCAGGAGUGGGUAUGA